GCAUCACUUAUUGCCAGUGACGGCGAGGGGAGCAGAAUCUCUGAACAGGUGCUCUGCAGGUGCGGUGUCACAAUGCAUAAGGGCCAGAGGAGCGCAGGAGGAAGUGCAAGAUUUUACAGACCAGUUGGAGUUGCAACAGAAAUAAAAUCUGGAUUCCUGUUCAAGUCUCCUCCCUCAAAACGACUGAAGAAGGAGAAAUCAUGGAAGAAGCGCUAUUUUGUGCUGUUCAAACUCAACGACCAGGAACAUCAACUGAGUUACUUCAAGAGGCCAGAGGAAAUGGACAGACCACUUGGAGAGAUAGACUUGUCGCAAAUCUCAAUGUUGUUUGUGAGCCCUCAAUACCACCAGAGAUGGAGCUGGGUCCAGAAGAACUUCAAGUGCUCCCCAUCCUGUGUGCUGUACAUCAGGACUACAGACCGGGACUACUUCCUUGUUGGAGAGACCAGUGAGGAAGUGGACAGCUGGUUCUCUGUCCUGUAUGAUGCCCUGAAGAACCGACCACAUAAAAUGAACAAUGCAGAGGAUUUGUCUAAUGGGCAGCGAAUAAUUGAGGUUAUUUCAAAACCACUCAUGAAGAAAAAGAAUACAGCCACUUCAGUGAAUUCAGAGCCUGAAAAGCCAUUGAUUAAAAUGCGGUCCAUGUCUGAACCCGUUUCAUGUGCUUUGACCAACAACAUUGAAAAAUCAAAGGGUGAAGAUUAUAACAGAAAACGUUCAUCAGCGCCUGUGAAUCCAAUCUAUGAUUAUCCGAGAUCCUACUUAAGACAAAUAGAAGAAAAUGGGUCACUCCAUGCCAACUGGAAUGAAUCAGAAUAUGCUACAAUGCAGGGAGGUAAAAAAAAUGGACUGAUGGCUCAAGCAGCGAACCAUGAUGUUCAAAAGAACACCACCCUCGGCAGCCGAAUGAGGUCUGAUGAUCAGAUGAUAUAUGAGGAAAUGUCUCCGUUUCAUGAGGAGAAUGACACCGAGGACAGAGAAGAAACACAUGUUUCCGACUCCAGCAGCAGCUCCAGUGCCAGCUCUCCUGUAGACAUGGCGGAUGGACAAAAUGUAUGCACACUGGAAAUAAACAGCUCUACUGAGAGCCUUGGCCCUAUUAUGCCAGAAGAGAGAGAUAUCAAGGUCAAGCAGGCAGAUUUGAAAAAACACCUGACACUAACAGAAGUGGAUGGGAAACCAAGUGUGUCAUUGUGGACAGGCCAGCCACAAACAGUGUGCCUGUUCCACAGAGGAGACCAAAUUAUGGCAAUUAAUGACCUGCAUGUCAGCAGCGUGGAUGAGUACAACAUGUUUAUCAGCAAGUCACUCAAGAGCGAGAUAAAACUGACCAUCCUACGUCUACCUGGAUGCCAGCCUCUGCAUUCCCCAAACUGCCAAUGUACUGAGUGACUGGGAACAGACUGUCAGAGAUGAGACAGUGACUUCUUUUGUCUUGAGUGUUUUUAAAAGAUUCUUUGAGGCACCUCCUGUUUUCAUUUGGUGGAAUCAUGCCAGAUUACACAACAGUAUUUUCCAAGGUUGUGGCCAAUUCCCAUUGAUCUGACACUCUAACCUUUCGUUUACUUUACUGAAAGUAUAGACAGAAAACUUAAUGUGAAGAUACAGGUUAUAAAUGAAGG